GUUUAAGUAAAUUUAAUGAAACUUGAAGUGUUGGGUAACGAGUCCUGAUGAGUUGUAAUUGAGCCAUUACAUAGCCUUAUUAACACAGCUAUCUUCUCCCUCAAACCGGUUUCGGUUACUGAAUAGAGCCGAUCACAGCUCCGUCAAGUCUCACAUUAUUGCCUUCAUUUCCGGCCCGUAAACACGUGUGUUGGAUGGACCCGAGUAUCGCUACACCCACUGUCAGCCAACCACUAAAACUCAACAGACACGCCUGAAGCGGGGAGGAAGUGAGAUGAGACCCGGUCUUAGGUAUAAAAAGCGACGGAGCACAUCACAAACCUCACAGUGAAGCUCUAGGCGGUGAGGAAGUGUUACACAGGCUUCAGUCAGGUGUUACCGGGUAUGUAGGUGCGUGUGCUGCGGCUACAACUGGACACCUGGAAAAACUCCGGAAGUAGUGAGAAGAAGAUUUUGUUGUCCCGCUGCUUAAAUCACGGAGUGGAACUGGAGACCGAACUCAAGAGUCGCAGAGCGGGAGAGUCACACACGGGUCAAGUGGUUUUUUUUCUUCCCCUUGCCUUAAUUGUGUCUAAAAGAGGACUCUUGGAUAUUUCAAGUCCCCUUUAGUCAUGUCUCGAGGAUCAGAAAUUAUCCCCGGUGAGGCUCUUUUCACUGACUUCAGGAGACAGUGUUUGGCGACGGAGAACUGGGUGAACAAGUACAGUAAGAACGAGAUGGAGGUGUGGGUCGAGAUGCCCACUUUAAACAGCUCGCCCCAAAUAAACAAAAACAACUACUCCAAAGUGCACAAGGUCAAGUGUAAAAUUGCCAUAAAUGAUGUGUCUGCGGCUACAAUGUAUGAUGUGCUUCAUGACAACGUCUAUCGAAAAACAUGGGAUCCUGCAAUGCUUGAGAGCUUUGAAAUAGCCCGCCUCGCUCCCAAUGCUGAUGUGGGCUACUAUUCAUGGCUCUGUCCUAAACCACUGAAAAACCGUGAUGUCAUCACCAUUCGCUCUUGGCACAGUUCUGAAGAUGAAUACAUAAUUGUCAACUACUCAGUCAAGCAUCCGAAAUACCCUCCACGUAAAGACUUAGUGAGAGCCGUCUCCAUUCUGACUGGUUACCUGGUGAUACCAACAGGAGCUAACAGCUGCACCUUCAUUUACCUCUCACAAGCAGAUCCUAAAGGUUCUCUUCCUAAAUGGGCAGUAAACAAGGCAACUCAGGUCCUAGCACCCAGAAUUAUGAAAAGUGUGUAUAAGGCGGGACAAAACUACCCUGCCUGGAAGGCCCAGAACUCUCCAGAAUAUAAGCCAUGGCUCUACCCUAUUCAGAGUGAACUUCCAAUGAUGGACCCAAGUGAGCUGAGGAUCCAGCGUGCAGACUCUCUGGAGAAUGUGGACGAGACCUUGACGUGUGAUGCGGUGGACAGCGAGGAUAGCAGUUGAAGGACAGUAAAAGUUGAUGAAGGACUUUUUAAACCUCCAUUUUCUUUUAUGUAGUUGAUGCUGUACAUAAAUACGUGUUCCCAAGUUUUUUAUUUUUUAUUUUUUAAGAUCAGAAGUGUUUUAUAGGCACUGUGGUCUAAAUCUGUGGCACAGCAUUAAGCAGUGCGUACCACAUUUUUACAUAAUGCAAAAGAAUUGCAGGAUCAUGUGAAGGCGGUCCAUGGUUUAUAAACCUGGACUAAUCUGAUGAUAAAAAGCUGUAAAUUGUCUUUGUUUAUUGGUGGGAGACAGAAAAGCCAAGCUAAUAUAUUUUUGGCAACGUUCAUCGUUUAAUUUAACAUUAUUACAAAUGAAGGCAAGUGAAUGAACUUUUUCUGUAAAUAAUUUGGUGUAAUUAAAUUAAGUGUUAUGAA